CGAUUUGCAAGAUGUCAGCCGCCCGGCCCGGAGUGGCGUGAACCCAAGGAUGGGACCGAUGCGAGCGGGACCAUCUGGGUCACCAGGAAGACGGCGAGGAUACCACCACCACGCCGGGAGAGGGCGGCGGCGGCAGGAGGUGGUUCCGCGCUGCUCCUCGCCGUCCACGAGUGAAAGUCUUCGCGGCUCCUGCCGGUGCUAGUCGACCGGCGGCGGGGCACGUCUUCCUUCCCGACUCUACUACGACGACGGCGGCGGCCGCGCGACGGCAUCGCGUCCAGCGACGACGACCACCGAGCACAGGGUCCGCUGCUGCAGCUGACACGAACGCACCAUGGAGCUAGUGCAGCAGGCGUUGACCGUGCUGUUCUGGCCUUUCACCAGCUUCUAUCAGACGUACCUAUGGUGCACUUCAUUCGCAGAUCGGCGGACGGAGAACUGGCUGCUCGUCAAGUCGCCGAUCCCGAUGUUGCUCAUCAUCGCUGCCUACCUGUGCGUGGUUCGGUACGGGCCCCGCAUCAUGGCUUCGAGGCCGCCCUUCCAAUUGAAGCCCUUUCUUGUCAUCUACAACUUCACGGUCGCCGCACUCAACCUGUAUAUCGCCAUAGAGAUAUUGUAUUGCAUAACCAAGCGGAGAUACAGCUGGUUGUGCCAACUGGUUGACUACAGCGACAAUCCGUGGGAGAUCAGGAUAGCACGUGCACUGUGGUGGUACUACAUGAGCAAGCUGAUCGAGUUGAUGGACACGGUGUUCUUCGUACUUCGCAAGAAGGACAACCAGCUCACCUACCUGCACGUGUACCACCACUCAACCAUGUUCUUCUUCUGGUGGAUCGGCAUCCGAUGGGUCGCCGGAGGAUCGGCUGCUCCUGGUCCAAGCAUCAACUGCCUUGUGCACGUGCUCAUGUAUUCGUACUAUGGCUUGACUGCACUUGGCCCUGCUGUGCAGAAGUACCUCUGGUGGAAGAAGCACCUCACACUUAUACAGCUUGUGCAAUUCAGCAUUGGCCUGGGCUUUGGCAUCAAUGCCAUCUUCAGUGGCUGCAAAUUCACGCGAUGGAUGCAAUAUGCCUUCAUCGUGUACGCCUUCUCUUUCCUCGUACUAUUUGGAAACUUCUACAUUCAUGCUUACAGGAGCAGGUAUCAAGCCAAGGCAAGCAAAUCUAAGGAGUUCGGGGAGCUAUCCCAAGCGGACAGCGAUUCCAUCGACAAGCAGUACCUCUUGCCCUCGCUGAGCACAAUGUGCUUUCCGGAGGGGGUCAUGGAUAGUGACUUCAAGAAGAGGGAUUAGGGCAUCAACACAUUGCCUUUGGGAUGGACUCAGUUCCUUUCAGUCCUUACACCACUCAAUGUGGAGUCACAUCAGUCAGUGGUCCCACGCACUGUCAUAGGAUUUUAAAUUGUAGAUGGUCUUGCUCAGUGUAGUACGCAUGGAAGAACAGCUGUUGCUGUGUGCAUGGCUCACGUGAUAUAUGCGUGUUACGAUCAUUCAGCCAAUCUGCAAAAGGCGAAACAAUGUGUGAUAGCCGUGUCCCAGACUCGUUUCUAUAAAACAUGGCUAUGCUGGGACAAGUUUUGUUUUGCGAUAGGAGCUUGAUGUGUCUUACCACAGAAGCAAAAAAAAAAAGUGUUGUCGUGUGUGUUUAUAGUAAACAGAAACAUUACAUUGUUUACUCACUGAACUUCCAAUGGCUCACUUCAAGCAAACUACAUGUGUUGGAGCUUAAGCUGAAAGCUCUUUAGUAGCAAGUGUGAAUAUUCAGCAAUAGUUACUGUUUUUCAUUGCGGCUUAUUGUAUAUUCUGUUUCCUCUCAUAGUUUAUGACAGCAAGUUAGAAAAUGAAGCUAAGAAAUAGGCCUUGUGGAAUGCAAGAUUCAUCUCAUCUGCUGUACUGUUGUAUUGACUACUAUGUAUUUACUAAGAGGUAGCACACACUUUGGUUCUCUUUCAGGCAAAUGGCUGUCAUUUAAGGUGUUAUAAUUUCAGCUAAAAGUACUGCUGACAGGCGGUGGAUCACCAAGACAAUGAUGAAGUGUUUGCAAGUGGGAGAAAUACCCGCUCCUGAAUGCAAGAACUAUGCCACAACAUUAUAUACAAGGACAGUCCAUCCUACAACAUUACCAUGAUGCUACAGUGGCCUACACAUUAACUCUGCCAUGCCCUUGUACUGCACAUGGUCAAGGCCAAAUUCUCAAAUUAACAUCAAUCUAAAGAACCUUGCUUCAAAGUGACUAUGCUGGGAAGCAACUGGGAAGCAUGGGUGGGAAGCCUUAUUGCACAUACCUUCACAUUCAAUCUCCACCACUGUGUCAUUCUAAGCAAGGUUCCAAGGGGAGAAUUUGGUACAGCAUGUAAUGUACGCUGGGCGUUACAGGGUCACACUGCACUCAUGCACCCACUGCAGGGCAAAAAAGAAAUACAGUACAGUUCUCUCAUGUUAGGCAAUAGAUUUCACAAUAGUAAUGCUGCCUUGAUAAUAGGAUGUCAGAAAUUAAUGUUAUGAUAAAUAAAGCACAUAAACUUGCAUAUCGCAUUUUACACCAAACUUACUCCAUAUUUUAAUGCAUGACUAUGGGGUUACAUAAGAAGGGAAACAUGGAAACAUUUUACAAGCUUGUGUGAAUCUUUUAGUGCAUUAGGAAAUGUUCAUAACUACUUCAUGACUGAAAUAAAAUCGUGUUAAUGCAGUAA